AAACACGGAAGCUCUUUCCAUACUUAGCUCACACUACCAAACAAACCUACUGCUAUUACCCCAGCAUUUACAUAGAAAUUUAUGUCGUAUACGCAUUACCAUUUACAAUAAGUAUCAAGAAUCCCAUUCCCAUACCAAGGAAAAGAAGAAGCUGUUGAGGUUAUUUCUCCCCAAGGCAUCAAGAAUUCGAACGGCCAGUGUAGCAGAAAAGGAAGCCCUAGUACGAAGAAUAGGGAGGGUAGUGAAGGCCAGCCGCUCAUUUUCUUUGCAAAAGGUAAUAGGUAAGCAAGAAAAUGAGGAGGAGUAUAAGCCCAAUAGUGAGGAGGGAGUUGCAGAAUCUCGAAAAAGAUGCUGACAGCAGGAAGUCAGCUAUGAAAAUGAGGAGUAUAAGCCCAAUAGUGAGGAGGGAGUUGGAGAAUCUUGAAAAAGAUGCUGACAGCAGGAAGUCAGCUAUGAAAACGCUAAAGUCAUACGUGAAAGAACUUGAUUCAAAAGCCAUCCCACUCUUCCUAGCUCAGGUUUCUGAGACCAACAAGGAGGGUGGCAGAAAAUGUGCAUCCUCCGCGGGCGAGCAUGCCAUCUCACUCUAUGAAGUCCUAGCCCGUUUCCACGGCCCAAAAAUUGUCCCUCAAAUCGGAAACAUCAUGUCGACCAUCAUCAAGAGCUUGGCUUCAAGCGCUGGCUCAUUCCCCCUCCACCAAGCAUGCUCGAAAGUGGUCCCUGCAAUUGCGAGGUACGCGAUGGACCCAACAACGCCCGAUGAGAAGAAACGUUACAUUAUCAACUCACUGGCGAAGCCACUUUCCGAUUGCCUUUUGGGAAGUCACGAGUAUCUCUCCUCUGGGGCUGCCCUAUGCCUCAAGGCUCUUGUGGAGUCUGAUAAUUGGAGGUUCGCCUCAAGUGAGAUAGUGAAUGAGGUGUGUCAAUGUGUGGCUGGAGCAUUGGAUAAGCAUGGGCAGACCAAUUCACAUAUGGCUUUGGUGACAUCUUUGGCUAAGCACAACAGUUUGACGGUUGAGGCUUAUGCGAGGAUUUUGAUUCGAUCCGGACUGAACAUAUUGAAGUUCAUGAAUGGGGAAGGGAACUCUCAGAGACGUUUGUCGGCUGUUCAUAUGAUCAACUCUUUGAUGAGGCAUCUUGAUCCAAGAAGCAUAUUGUCUGAGGUUAGAAUGGUAAUUGAGGAGAUGGAAAUGUGCCAAUCUGAAGACAAGAUGCUGUAUGUGAGAGGGGCUGCAUUUGAGGCACUUCAAACGGCUAAAAGAAUAAUACACAUCGAAAAAGGCUCAUCAAGGACUGAGAAUGAUGUUGAUUCAGUUACUGGCUCCAAUUUUGAUAUCCAAGGGUAUACAAAGAGGAAGAUCAUGUUUGGUUCGGGUAGCAAUUCACCUGAUUCUCCCGAAUCACAGACUAUUGAUUCCUUUCUCGGGUUUAAUUCCUCCGGGGAUUUGAGCGAUGGUCGGAGGAGCGUGAAUAGGAAACUGUGGAGAAGGCGUGAAGAUGGAGGGGUGGAUGUGUCUCUUAAAGAUGGGAUCUUUUCUGAAGCUACUACAGGUUAUAGUGAUAUACAUAACUCUGAGAGUGACAUGUUUUCUAUCAACGGUGGAGAUUAUAGGGAUGGGUUUGAAGGCUUUUUCCCCGGAAUUGGACGACAUAGAUCUGUGAGGAGUGCUACUCCAAGCCCUCAGAGGUCACGAUCUUAUAUAACUCCACACAAUGUAGCCAUCUUCACAACUCCAAGAAAGCUCAUACAGUCACUUCAAGAUGCACAAUACAGUAGCAGUCAGGUUUCACCCGAAAAGCAAAGCAGGAGGCAUAAGAGCCUUUCCGCAUGCGAGUUCGAGUGGAGUCCAGCCGAGUACAUAGAAAGCUGCCAACUUGAUGUCAUCAAGGCUGAAAACAAUAAUGAGGAUGAGAGGUUAAUAUCUCUUUUCAACAAAGAUCAACAAAACUCAGAAUCAGUAUCUUCUUCGGCAGAAGAUGUCUCUCCUAAACCAGAAUAUGAAAGCUUCACAAAAGUUGAUGAUGGCCAAGAAGGGAAAGAAAAACCAAAAGUGGACUUUUUUGUCCCAAAACCCCACCAGCAUUUUGUGAGGGCAAUGAUUUGCAGCCUAUUGAUUGUUGUAAUGGCUGUUUUUAUGUUGUUGUGGAACAACGGACAAGACCAAGGAUACAAUCUUGUUCCUACCUAAGUUAUGCAUUAGGCAUCUUCAAGAUGCUUAGGAUUUGAUUGGUAUGAGGUAGCAGUAGUUGUUAUUGUACCUAAGUGGUGCACUGAUCUUUAUUUUUGUUAUUUUGAGCAAUUAUUUCUACUUGGGUAGAAUUGAAUAUGUACCUGACAAUUUUAAUGAUAUUUGAAGAAUGUAUGAUUAUCUCGAUCUAUUUACUCUUCAGAUUCAUAUCA